AUGCCCACCACAUCUUCAACGUGCUCCAUGACUCCAUGCGCCAAUGGGGCUCCUCGCUCCACCACAACGGCGUCUCUUUCUUCCUUGCCAGCGUGCCGGCCGGCACCCAGCUCUACCACGGCACCCACAGCGAGCCCCCCCAUCACCGGGCCCGAAUGGCUCGCUUUCGAGCCCGAGCAUGCUAUCAUCUUUGCCGGCCCCCGCCAUGGCGGUGGAGGCCCUUCGCCAGGCCCGCAUCGCCAUGGGAGCGACGAGAACCCAGAUCUCCCCAAAGGCCCUGAUGAACUCCGCCGGCGGACUGAAACCGGACCAUUCGAGAAACCACCUCACUACGACGGGCCGGGAUUCCUGCACACGUACGCCGCGGCGAAAGACCUGCGGCUACUAUAUGUGGACGGGGAAUCCGCCGCGAAGACGGAGAAAGGGACGCUGGACUCGCAGGAUGUGGUGCUGCUGAACAUCACUGCCGGUGGGUUCAGGGGAGGCGACCACGAUCGGGCGGAGAAGGCAUGCACGUUGGCGAACGGGGAUUGGGGAGGAAAGGUUGAUGGGUUGCUGCGGAUGGAGGCUGGGUUUGAGGUGAUUUUGUGCGAUUUUGAGCGUGAUCUUACCCUUUUGAGGGUUAGCCGGGUGAAGAUGCAGAAUAAUCAGGAAAGGGAGGGAGAGGGGAGGCAAAGGCCUGGUCCUACUCCUGAUGCAUUGCGGUGGUUGAGGGCUGUGAGUGAGCGGUAUGAUGGGAUUGGGGGCCACCGGGUGCGGUUGAACUUUGAUAGUUUUGUGACGGCGUUCUCGCACGAUGUAGACCUGUUUCCAGGAAAGGGUGAGCUGCCGAGGCUGACGGGGCUUGAUGCGAAUGAAGUCAAGAAGAUUCGGGAGGAAGUGUUCCAUGCUAUCUUGACGAUUGAUGCGGCGGCACCAUCGUGGGAUUGGCAGGCCACUGUCGAUAUGAUCGUCAAGCGGUAUGGGGAUGAGUUAUCGUACUUUGCGUCGGGCAAGGUCAAUAGUAUUGAAAGUCUGCGGGCACAGAUUUCGCUUCUGAUGUCGCCGUUCAUUGACUACAGUGGCCGGAACACCACGCUCGAGGCAGAGCGGUGCGCGACGCAAUUCCUGCCGUUGCAGAUGCAGCACAGCUCGAGUGUGCCGGGCAGGGCUGUGCAUCAUGUCGCGCUGCAUAUUUGCCAGACGAUCUUUGAGGCAGCUGGGCAAGACGGGCUCGGGCCAGCGAUUAAGAGUUUCCAAGCUUUGGUUAAGCAAUUGGACUGGACGACCUGGAAAGCAUGUCGGGGAUGCCAAGAUAACGAGAUUUGCGUCGUGCCAAUUUGGCCGAUGGGGUCGGUGGCAGAUUACAACAAUCCGAAAUGCAAAGACGCCUCUCGCCCUUACGAUUCAGAUGAUGAAAGUUACUGGGGGAGAAUGCCUCACUCCCUUGAGGGUGAUUACUUGAAAUGGGUAUAG